UGUGGCAAGGCAGUUGAGGUGGUUCGUGUAUACAAUGGCUUACAGCGAGGCAGUGCAAGUUGCUAAGGCGAAAUAUCCGAAGACUGUGACCAAGACGAUUAAGUAUGGAACCGCGGGAUUCAGAACCAAAGCAGAUGAGUUGGACUUCAUCAUGUACCGCAUGGGAUUGCUGGCGACGCUGCGUGCUCGGGAUACAAAAGGUAGGGAUCGUUUUUUUGUUCGGGUGUAUGGUGAACCUACAGAAGAGGGCUAUUAUAAGAAGAUUGCCCAAGCCUUUGCAAAGCUGCGUGUGUCUGGAGCCAGUAAAGGCAACUAUGAACCCACAGUCCUGUUUGACGGGGCUAAUGGAGUUGGUGCAAUCAUGAUGGAGAGGUUUACACAGCAUCUUGGUGAUUCCAUCAAGUCAACUAUGUACAACAAGGGAGAAGGUGUUCUGAACCAUCUCUGUGGGGCAGAUUAUGUGAAGCCUAUGAACUCUACCUCUUGCAGGUAUGGUGAACCUACAGAAGAGGGCUAUUAUAAGAAGAUUGCCCAAGCCUUUGCAAAGCUGCGUGUGUCUGGAGCCAGUAAAGGCAACUAUGAACCCACAGUCCUGUUUGACGGGGCUAAUGGAGUUGGUGCAAUCAUGAUGGAGAGGUUUACACAGCAUCUUGGUGAUUCCAUCAAGUCAACUAUGUACAACAAGGGAGAAGGUGUUCUGAACCAUCUUUGUGGGGCAGAUUAUGUGAAGGUUGGUGGGUAUGGUGAACCUACAGAAGAGGGCUAUUAUAAGAAGAUUGCCCAAGCCUUUGCAAAGCUGCGUGUGUCUGGAGCCAGUAAAGGCAACUAUGAACCCACAGUCCUGUUUGACGGGGCUAAUGGAGUUGGUGCAAUCAUGAUGGAGAGGUUUACACAGCAUCUUGGUGAUUCCAUCAAGUCAACUAUGUACAACAAGGGAGAAGGUGUUCUGAACCAUCUCUGUGGGGCAGAUUAUGUGAAGGUGCAACAGAAAUGGCCUGAAGGUGUGCCUCAGGCACAGAAUACUAGGUGUGUAUCUGUAGAUGGGGAUGCUGAUCGUGUUAUCUAUAGUUUCAUUGACAAAAAUGGCAAGUACUCUAUGUUGGAUGGAGACAAGAUUGCUACACUUGUUGCCGGAUACUUCCAAGAACUACUGAAGGCGUCAGGUCUCACGCUAAAGCUGGGCCUUGUGCAGACUGCCUAUGCAAAUGGAGCCUCCACCGCCUAUAUCACAGAAAAACUAGGUGUUCCAGUGGCUUGUGCAAAGACAGGUGUCAAACACUUGCACCAUGUUGCUCUACAGUUCGACAUUGGUGUUUACUUUGAGGCCAAUGGGCACGGAACAGUCAUAUUCAGCAAAAAUGCCCGAGAGGCUAUCAGAAAAGCUGCGCAAGCAAAUGAAAGUGCUCAGAAACUUUCUCAGGUGAUGGAUGUAAUUAAUGAGACAGUUGGAGAUGCAAUUUCCGACAUGCUGCUUGUAGAGACUGUACUCCAUGCUCGUGGGUGGUCGAUAGAGGACUGGAACAGCGCUUAUGCUGAUCUGCCUAACAGACAGAUGAAGGUUACCGUUGCUGACCGAGCAGUCAUCACAACCACGGAUGCUGAAAGAGUCUGCGUCACACCUACAGGUCUCCAGGACACCAUAAACAGCAUAGUGGCCAAGUACCCCAAUGGACGGUCCUUCGUGCGCCCUUCCGGCACUGAGGAUAUUGUCCGUGUGUAUGCUGAGGCCUCAACGCAGGAAGGGGCUGAUAGCCUCGCUAUUGCUGUAGGGAAUGCUGUAUAUGAACAAGCUGGUGGUGUGGGAGAUCGGCCAAAGAUCUAAAUGAUUUUAUGUAUAUAUGUGUAUACAUAGGUAAAAGCAAAUAAAGGCAUCAGCUAGUGUCGUUUCAGAACAGGACAUAGGCAUCUCUAGGUUUAUGUUGGAGACUAUUUUUUGGCAAUUCCUAAUUAGGUACCUUCACUUCCAUCAGAUGUGGUCCAGUGGGAACUUAAAUGAUUGUCAUUCACACUUUUAGGUGUGUUCCAUUGUGGUAGCUUUAUAUAUACAUACGUACUUGUAUA